UUCUGCCGCCUCCUGUGUCGGAAUUCAGAAGGAGUCGUUCCGAGUGGAGUUCCUGUAGAAGCGACGGCAUGAAGGACGAGGAGAAAAGCGCCGAGAGGAAAGGCGGUGCCGGUGUGGAGGAGGGCCGGAGCUGCGGGGGGACGUGGCCGAGCCCCGGGCUCCACGACGCGGCAUCGAACCGAUCGGCGAGCCGCUUAGGAGGAGGAGGAGGAGGAGGAAGCUCCACCACCACCUCCACUGCUGCUCCUGCAGGGAUCCGGGUUUUAAAGCGUAACAUGAAGCGGAAUGGCAGCAGAGCCUGCUUGACCAAGAAGACUCGCUUUGGCUCCCGUGAGAGGGACUGGCUGAAGGGCGACACCCAGCGCGGGUGUGUGUGUCUGUACGGGGCCACCGAGGUCGUGACUCCGGGACCCCAGACCGCGACCACGACCCAGCCCGACCUCAGACUGGUGCUGUGCUCCACCAGCACCACGGUGGAGGAGCUGUGUGCCCAGCGUCACGGCCAGGGCCUUUACCUGCAGCUGCACGGAGACCUGAUCAGGAGGCUGGACUCAUCCGAGUGUCCUCUUCAGAUGGUGUAUGAUUAUCUGACCACUAUGGGCUACGAUGAUCCGAUGCGUGUCCAGCAGGAAGCGGCGAACUCUGACCUCAGCUGCAUGAUUCGUUUCUACACCGAGCGGCCGGCAAACGCUGACCAGCAGGACCGGACCCUCCUGAAGGGCGUCUUCAACGUGCGCAAAGGCAAGACGCAGCUCCACAAGUGGGCGGAGCGACAGGUGAUCCUGUGUGGCACGUGUCUGAUCGUGGCGUCGGUGAAGGACAGUCUGACGGGGAAGAUGCACAUCCUGCCUCUGGUCGGGGGGAAGGUGGAGGAGGUGAAGAGGAGGCAGCACUGCCUGAUGUUCAGCUCGGCUGGACCUCAGGCUCACACCUACUACGUUAACUUCGACACGCUGGCCGAGUAUCAGCGCUGGCAUCGACAGGCCUCGAAAGUGGUGUCUCAGACCAUCAGCUUGGUGGAUUUGUCCUGCUACAGUCUGGAGGAGGUUCCUGAAUAUCUCUUCUACAGCCAAGACGUGACGCACCUCAAUCUGCGCCACAACUUCAUCAGUCUCCAGGGUCCUGGAGGUCUUUGCAACUUUAACAGGUUCACUCAGCUGAAGAGUCUCAACCUGUCUCACAACCGACUCGGCGUGUUCCCCGAGGCCAUGUGUGAAAUCCUGACUCUAUCCGAGCUCAACCUGUCCUGUAAUGGUCUCAGCUCCAUUCCCGCUCGCAUCGGUAACCUCCAGAGUCUGCAGACUCUCUCUCUGGAUGGGAAUCACUUGAGCUCUCUGCCUGAUGAGUUGGGCGACCUGGUGCAGCUCUGCAGUCUCGGGCUCUCCUUCAACACGUUCCCUCACAUCCCCGCCGUGCUGGAGAGGCUCAGCGCUGUGGACCGGCUGCUCAUGGCCGGGAACCGAGUCGAAGCCUUGGAGCUCUGCAGCCUGCUGAGGAUGAGUCACGUCAAGAACAUCGACUUGCGGCUAAACGGACUCCGCAGUGUGAAAAGCGAGACUCUGGAGCCCAUAAAGCAGCUCAUCCAGCUGGACCUGAGGGACAACCGGCUGACCGAACUGGACCUGAGCGCCGCCUGUAACCUGGACACUCUGCACUGCGAGCGCAACCAGCUGGAAGCGCUCACGCUCAGCGGCUUCACGCUGCGCAGCCUGUACGCGAGCAACAACCGUUUGUCUACAAUCAGCAUCUAUCCAGUUCCUAAUCAGCUCACGUUCAUGGACGUAUCCUGGAAUGUUCUGGAAUACCUGCCCGACUGGCUGUGUGACAGCAGAAAGCUCGAGGUGCUGGACGUCUCCUACAACCUGCUGUUGGAGCUGCCGGCCAGACUGCUCAGUGGUCUGAGUCUGAGGAAGCUGCUGGCUGGCAGUAACUCGUUGCAGCGUGUUCCUGAGUUACUCGAUCACGUCCCUCUGGAGAGCCUCGAUCUGCAGCACAACAGACUCACUGAGCUCCCGGAGAGCUUCUUCUCCAAGGCCUUAAAUUUAAAAUACCUGAAUGUGUCCGCCAACAUGCUGGAGACAAUCCCACCGAGUAGCCAAACUGAGGAGAGCCUCAGCACCCUCCAGGAGCUCUACCUCACCAGGAACAACCUGACCGAGAACUGCGCCGCCCUGCUGGUAGGACACCAGAAUCUACGGGUUUUGCACGUGGCCUAUAACCAGCUGCUGUCUUUCCCUGCAAGUAAGCUGAGUAAGCUGGAGCUGCUGGAGGAGCUGAAUGUGAGCGGGAACAAGUUGAAGACCGUCCCUUCCACCGUGUCCAGUUGUAAGAGACUCCACACCCUCAUCUCGCACUCCAACCACAUCAGCGUCUUCCCUGAAGUCCUCAACCUGCCCGAGAUAAAGUUGGUGGACGUGAGCUGUAAUGAGCUCACUGAGAUCCUGCUGCCCGAUUCUGUCCCGCCCACGCUGCAGGAACUCGACCUGACGGGGAACAGCAGCCUGAUGCUGGAGCACAAAACCCUCAACCUGUUCAGUCAUAUCACGACUCUGAAGCUGGACCAGAAGCCGUCUCUGAGCGCAGCGGACUCGCAGGCCUCGUGUGUCCUUUGGGAUCACGGCUACGCUGAGAUGAGCGGCCAGAGGAACAAGUUGUGUGUGUCCGUGCUGGCCAUGGAUCGAUUCGGGGACGGCGUGGAAGCAGUUUACGGGAUUUUCGACGGCGACCGGAAUGAGGAAGUGCCGCGGUUGCUGCAGUGCACCAUGGGAGACGUGCUGGCUGAAGAGCUCCAGCACAGCAGCGUGGACACCGUGUACAUGUGCAACACGUUCCUCACCUCACACAGAAAGCUGGGGAUGGCUGGGCAGAAGCUCGGGGCGUCGGCUCUCCUCUGCUACAUUCACCACGAGUCGUCUGAGUCAAGCAGCUACUUUAGCCUCACCGUGGCCAACGUAGGAACCUGCCAGGCUGUUCUGUGCCGCGACGGCCAACCGCUCGCCCUAUCCAAAGUCCUGAGCCUGGAACAGAGUGCUGAGGAGAUGGAGAGGGUCAAAACAGCCAAGGCGAUCAUCACGGAGGAUAACAAGGUGAGUGGUGUUACAUGCUGUUCUCGCCUGUUGGGAUGCUCCUAUCUGUCCCCCUGGGUUCUUCCUAAGCCCUGGGUACGAACUGAACCUCUUUGCGUUCAGGAUGAAUUCCUGAUCUUGGGCAACAGGGCACUUUUCCAACAUCUGUCUUACCAAGAGGCGGUGACAACUGUGCUGGCCGUCCGAGAUCCUCGAGCCGCUGCCAAAAAGCUCUGCACGCUUGCCCAGAGCUAUGGGUGCAAGGACAAUGUCGGGGCAGUAGUUGUAGCUCUGCGCAUCUGCGAGGACAGUUGUACCUGUGAUCCACCAGUUUCCACAGAGGUCCGAGGACCUCCUGUACCUACCCCUAUCUGUAUUACCUCUGUGCCACUUCUGGACCCGGCCACUUCUUCAUCAAGUAGUGGCAUUGCCUCAGAAUUCAACAGCGAGACAUCUGCCUCUGAGGUGGGAAGCGAGGCUGGAUCCACGGCAUCUGACGAACACACUUCUUCAGGCCCAAAUGCACGGCCCGAUCGCCGCUGUAGCGUGCACCCAGCUGCCACGUUUUGUAACACCGGAGGUCCCGGAAGUCUUGGAGCUGGAACUCACCCUGCUUUGUUCCAGCGUCAACCAUCCUCCGCGACAUUUUCUAGCAACCAGUCUGACAAUGGUCUCGACAGCGAUGAUGAGGCUCCACUGGAGGGUGUCAUUUCCAACGGGAGUAAGUUGGAAGUCGAGGUGGACAUCCACUGCUGUGCUUUCCAGCUCCGCUCUGGGCGUCCAGAAAGCCCCAAGGAUCUGGAUCUCCGCAGCUCCGACUACACCAACAGCAAGAUGCGCCGUCAGAACAGUGUGGUCGUGUCAACUGCAAACGGCUGCCUUCUUGCCGUUUGUGGCCGCGAGAUCUCGGACCUCAAGAAAUCUCCCUCUACGUCCAGUCUGUUUGGGAAGAAGCUCUCUAAUGGUUCUGUUGUGGCACCUGAGGACAGUCAUAACAUCAUUGAGGUAGCACUCGAAGCACCGAAGAAGAAGUCUGGUUACUUUGCCGCACCCGCCCAACAAGACCCCGAGGAUCAGUUAAUCAUUCCGCCGAGUCUUGAACAAGAUGUUCGGGAGCAGCUGAGGGGCCAAAGUCCUGUGGUUUCUGGUCCUCCGCCACCUUUAACACCUCCCACAAGCAGAGAUUCAAACUGGGAUCACCCUCACCCUGGUCUCCCUCCUGCUACCUUUCAGCAGGAGGUCUAUGACACUGCUCUGUAGCGGGUAGUACCCGAGAUGACCUAGUGCCAUAUUGUCGAGAUGGAUGUGGUUCAUUUUGCUGUGAUUUUUUUUUUCUCCAGUUCUUAUUCAGCUCUAUCAUUGUGUGAAGACCUGCAUGUGCUUUUGUGGUGACAUCCCAUUUACCUGGAGAGGUCUCUGGUAUGGUAAAUCUAAGGAGCAGAAAAUAUUGACAAAAGUGCACAAAUUUCAAGACUAAUAAAACAAAAUUCUGAAAGAUGGCUAUCUAGCAAAAACUACAUUGUGAACUAAAAUACCUCAUUUACAACCUUGAAUAACUAACGAGCUACAUAGCCCUUUAUGACAUAAUUUGGCAGAAAGGAUUUUUGAGCUUAAACCACGACCAAAAGGUAAGAAAAGUGCCUAUCGCAGAUGGUUCAGGCUCUCCAGGGCCUCCAUUGGUCUGGUGCAAUUUCACUGUUACCCAGAAACGCCACUUUUUUUUUCUUUUCCUGCCUAAAACAGCCUACUCGAUCAAUGUUAGUUGAAGUGAAAAGCUGAAGUACGAUUGGGAAAACUCAGCUUUCUUCAUCUUAUCUGGUGGAGUGUAGAUUGCAGAACAAACUUCUAAAGCCAUGAGAAGGAUGGCACACACUCUUUGAUUGGCUUCCUCCAGCCUUUCUGGAACCUCCUGCACAAAAUAUGCACCACACACCACAUGCUGUCGUGGUGGACUUUGAGAAUUGCGGUGGUUCUCGCCAAGAUUGUGACUGAGAGGAUGAGUUAAACUUGAUACUAUCUCGUAUCAUUUCACGAUGCAUCCGAGUUGCACUUGCAAUCUCGGCCAAUCAGAAAGAGACCGUUAUCGACCUAACUGGCUGAAAUCACGACUUAAUUGUGAGUUAUUAGGAGUUGUGAGGAGUACUUGAAGCGUGCCAUUAGAGACUGAAUUAUCAAAGCACUCGCGCCUAAAGCUUUUGAGGCUGAAAUACUGUACAUACUUGGUCUUUGCACUAAAAGUGCUGCAAAGUAACACUGGUACUGAUAGAGCAUGAAUAGGGUAUUUUUCAUCCUAUAUCUGAACCGCUAAGCUAAUUAAUUAUGAAAAAAAAACCUUUAUAUCCAUAUGUUCUCCUGAGUGGGUUUAUGUCUGUGCACAACACCUGAUUUCAUCUGAU